CUGUGACUUAUUAAAAAAAACCAGUAUGAAUGCCAAUGAAUAUAGAAGCUUAGUUCUGUACUAUGGACGACUACGGUUUUAUCAUUCAAUGCAAAAAAUGGCCUUAGAUGGUUUAGCGAAAUUUCCUAUGCAAUCAGAAUUUCGAAUGUUCAAUGGAGUUGCUCUUGCCUUAGGCAACCGCAUGCAGGAAUGUAUUCGUGAGUUGAAUCCGCUAAAAAACGAGCCAGACUUUGGUCUGGCGGCAACGAUGAUGCUUAUUUACGCACAUCGACAUUGUCGUAUAAUUGAUAUUGAAACAGUGCAAUCGCUUGAACGUCGCUUAGAAGACAGGACGGAAGCAAUAAAUGCUUCAUCUUAUUACUAUGCUGGUGUAUUUCUGUUUCUAAUCGGUGAAUUCAAUGCAGCAAUUGAUAAUUUAGGCAAGUCACUGAAGGCAGACGUAACCUUUGAUGCAGCCGUAGUCUUGAAAAUAUGGUGCCAACUUUCAUGCAGUAAUGGCCAGCACGUAGUAAAUGGAAAAACGCAAAGCAUUUUAGAAGCGAGCAUUGCUCGUAAUGAUGGUAAAAAUAUAGAUGCAUCUCUGGCACUCAUUAGGUUCUAUCAAAAGCGAAAAGAGUUCGAUUCAGCGCUAUUAGUAAUAAAUAAACUCAGCGUGAGAUUUCCCGAUUUGAGCAUACCGCUUAUUGAAAAAAUGGAAACGCAACUAGCCGCUCAUGACUGGGAACAUGCGCUCGAAACUGGAAAAAAAGUUGUCAAUAUGGAGCCAACAAAUGUGUCAGCUAUUCGCAUAACAGGCCUUCUGCAAAUCGUAAGGGAAAGUAAUUUAAAAGGAGCCACAGGUACGCUCAACAAACUAUUGAAUGCUGUAGAACGCGUUGAACCGGGAAAUCACAUGCUUUUAUUGGACAUAUGUAAACUUUACUCUCGAGUUUGCUCCAGAAAUAUUGAGUUGCUGCAAAUUACACAGCGUACAGUGGACAAGCUUACCCAACUUAAUCCAGCUAAUAUUGAUUUACUCACUGAACUGGGACAUCAGAAGCUUCUGAUGGGAAAUUUUGCCGAGGCGGAGAAAACGUUUCACGCGGCUUGUAAUUUGGAGAGCAACAACUUCAAAGCCCUUUGUGGACUAACUUUAUGCAAGCUUAAAGGGCAAAGAAACGAUGAGAGUAGACAACAGACACGUCAGCAGCUGGACUAUCUUAUGGAGCUGAAUGACAACAACCUCAAUGCUAUAGUUUUGUAUAUGUCAGCUUUGAUAUGCGAUCAAAGAGAGAAACAGUCGGCAGUGCAGUUGCUAGUAAAAGCCACAGAGGUGCAUAUAAAAAAAUUGGAUAAUUUGUGCCUAAAUGUGGAUUACAUAUGCUUGCUGAACCCAGACUUUAUGCUGGCGAUAUGUGAGGAACUGAUUACUUAUACACCAGCGCCUGUGCAAGGACCUCAUUUUGAAUUGGAUGUGGGACACGAAACACUACAUAUUACUUUAAAGCACAGCUUAAAUAUAUUGGAAGUCAUCCUACAAUCAUGUCCCGGACACCAGGAAGCCAUGUUUAUGAGGGCUAGAGUUGAUUUUUUAUGCGGAGAAUCAACUAAAGCAAUUGCACGACUCCAACAUAUAUUAAGCGUCGUAAGCGAGUCAUUUACAAAAGCUCAUUUGCUCUUGGCUCAGAUACUUGUAGAGAGGCAGCAGUAUGCAAAGGCAAUGGAGUCCCUCGAACUCUCAUUAUCGCAAGAUUUUAAAGUGCGUGAGUUACCGAUAUUCCAUCUACUUAAAGGCAUAAUUCAAAGGCACCAACAAAUGUUGCCAGAAGCACACCAUAGUCUACUUUGCGCAAUGCAAUUAAUUGGAAAUACGUCGGGCAUAAUAGAGCAACAUCAGAACACCAUUGUUUCGCAGUCAACAAUUAUAACAGCAUUUGAUAAAAUGACCUUGUAUAUUGAAUUAAUACAUGUUUUACGCAUAAUGGGCGACUCCCAGGGAUUUUACGAAAGCGAACGCCUUUUAGAAGUUGCGAAUGAAGAAUUCUGCAACAGCGCUGAAUUAGGUCGAUUAAUUAUAGCGCAUGCUCAGCUGAUGCUUGAUAUGUGUAAUGUGGACAAAGCUAUAAGCUUGCUGUCGACAAUAAAGCCCGAGCAACCAUAUUAUAUACAUGCAAGAACACAGUUGGCAAAUAUUUUUUUGCAACAUCAAAAAAAUCGCAGUGCUUUCUCCAAAUGUUUCAAGGAACUGGUGAAAGUGCGUCCCGAACCAAAAAGCUUUUUGAUGCUAGGAGAAGCGUACUUAUCCAUACAAGAAAUUGAUAAGGCAAUUGAUGCAUAUGGGCGAGCGUUUAAAAUGAACCCACUGAAUAGUCUACUGGCAAGCAAACUUGGAAGAGCUUACGUUAAAAGUCAUCAGUAUGCUAAAGCUCUUAGGUACUACAAUGAAGUAGUAAAGAAUGCAGAGUGCUCUCCCUUAAAAUUGGAUUUGGCGGAGCUGUUUCUCAAGCUAAAGCAAUUUCAAAGUGCUGUUAACAUAUUAACCGACUCUGCCAAAUCAAGAAUAAAAGAAGAUAGUUUUGUUGAUUUGCAACUGCGCACAAAAAAGCUUUUAUUACUUGCCCGUGUUCAUGAAAAGUCGGGAAACAUCAUGAUGUCGAUCCAAACGUUGCAGGAAGCGCGGGAAAAUCAGUACCGAUUGCAGAAGCAAUGUUCAAUUGAUCAAUCUGAAAUUAUUGCUGAACAAUACAAGGCGAUGUCAAAGAUAUGCCUUCUCAUUGCUCAACAGGCGAUUCACAUGAAGAGCAAUGAAAUGGCUCUGACUUAUUUUAAGGAAUGCAUGAAAUACACACCCAACGAUUUGGAGAUAUUGGUAUCUCUAGCUCAACUUCAAAUGAAUUCAAAAGAAAUGAACAUGUGUCGCGAUACAUGUUUUGAAAUUCUUCAAAUAGAUAAUAACAAUGAGGCGGCAUCCGUAAUAAUGGCAGAUUUAUCAUUUAGAAAAAUGGAAUUUGAAAACGCUGCAUAUCACUUUUCGCAACUGCUUUUAUCUCAACCCUGCAAUUGGGCCGCACUAGCUCGGCUUAUUGAAGUAAUGAGGCGAUCUGGUACAAUAAAUGAAAGCAUUCCUUUUUUGCAACGCGCUGAGCAGUCGUUUUUAAACUCUACAAAUAAUUCAGCUGGACUUAACUAUUGCAAUGGCCUCUUUCAAUAUUACAAUGGAAACCCCAAUAGUGCUUUGCGAUACUUCAAUCUGUCCCGUAGAGACCAUGAGUGGGGUUAUCAGUCUAGACUCAAUAUGAUUGAGAUUUGUAUAAAUCCAGAUGGCGAAAUACCAAAUGUAAAUGAUCUUUUUGAAGCUGGAGAUAGCGGUGAAUUUACUGAAUCUCGCAUUGUAGCUUUACGUACAGCAGAGCGAUUACUUAAUGAAAUGCGAACCCAAGCUGGGGAAAUCCAUGAGAAAGAUAUAAGUCGAAGAGUUCUUUGGAAUUUUCUUCAAAUGGCGUCCAAACAAAAAAUGCAAGUGGAAUCAUCACUCCAAGAUCUUACCGAGCUAAUGCAGCAAGAAGGCAACUCUUUGAUGGUGCCAAUUGUUUAUGCGAUGGCCUCCGCCCUCAUUCAACUAAAGCAAAUUCAACGUGCAAAAAAUCAGCUUAAAAGGAUAGCUCGGCUUACUUGGUAUUAUGAGGAUGCCGAAUAUUUGGAGAGAAGUUGGUUACUAUUAGCCGAUAUUUACAUUAAUGCAAAUAAGCUGGAUGUGGCCACGACAUUUGUAGAUCGAGUACUAGAUUAUAAUAAAUCAUCUACAAAAGGCUAUGAACUAGCUGGGUAUAUUGCGGAGAAGAUGCAAUCUUAUAGCGAUGCCUCCUUGUACUAUCAAAAAGCAUGGAUAAGUUGUGACCGUUCUAAGCCACAUAUAGGGUAUAAAUUGGCAUUCAACAACAUGAAAAAAAAACAAUAUGCCAAUGCGGUUAAUAUAUGCCAACAAGUUUUAAAAUUACAUCCAGACUAUACCAUUAUCCGAAAGGACAUACUCGAAAAAUGUCGCAACAAUUUAAGACCUUAAGAAAAUUUAUUACAAAAUUCUCAAUUUUAUAAAAAAAAAGCAAUAUAAUAAAAUCAUUUGACCCAGAAUAAUAUA